AUGAAGGGGCAGCAGAAAACAGCUGAGACGGAAGAGGGGACAGUGCAGAUCCAGGAAGGUGCUGUGGCAACUGGGGAGGACCCGACCAGUGUGGCUAUUGCCAGCAUCCAGUCAUCUGCCACCUUCCCCGACCCCAACGUCAAGUACGUCUUCCGAGCUGAGAAUGGGGGCCAGGUGAUGUACAGGGUGAUCCAGGUGUCCGAGGGGCAGCUGGAUGGCCAGACCGAGGGGACGGGCGCCAUCAGUGGCUACCCUGCCGCUCAGUCCAUGACCCAGGCGGUGAUCCAGGGUGCGUUCACCAGCGACGAGGCAGCUGACACAGAGGGGACGGCCGCUGAGACACACUAUGCUUAUUUCCCUGGCGCUGCUGUGGGCGACGGGGCGGGGACUGCGGCCGGGAGUGCAGCCGCUGUUGUUACCACCCAGGGCUCGGAGGCCCUGCUGGGACAGGCCACCCCUCCUGGCACCGGUCAGUUCUUCGUGAUGAUGUCACCACAAGAAGUGCUGCAAGGAGGAAGCCAGCGCUCAAUUGCCCCCAGGACCCACCCUUACUCCCCGAAGUCAGAAGCUCCCCGGACGACUCGGGAUGAGAAACGCAGGGCUCAGCAUAAUGAAGUGGAGCGGCGCCGUCGGGACAAGAUCAACAACUGGAUCGUGCAGCUGUCCAAGAUCAUCCCCGACUGCUCCAUGGAGAGCACCAAGUCCGGCCAGAGUAAAGGUGGGAUUCUCUCCAAAGCCUGUGAUUAUAUCCAGGAGCUACGGCAGAGCAACCACCGGUUGUCUGAGGAGCUGCAAGGGCUGGACCAGCUGCAGCUGGACAAUGAAGUGCUUCGCCAGCAGGUGGAGGACCUCAAGAACAAGAACCUGCUGCUGCGCGCCCAGCUGCGGCACCAUGGCGUGGAGGUGGUCAUCAAGAGCGACAGCAGCUGA